AUGCAGUACGCUGUUUGGCUGACUUUACUGCAACUCCUGUUGCAGAACCUGCUGUUCUACUACGAGUCGGAGUCGUGCAGCCGGCCCUCGGGCGUGGUGCUGCUGGAGGGCUGCUACUGCGAGCGCCUCAUCACGGCGGGCAGCGCCAGCCGCAACCGGGAGGCCGCCGACAAGGCGCAACACUGCUUCGCCAUCUCGUACCGCCGCGAGAACCAGCGUCAGUACGAGCUGCGGGCGGCCAACGAGUCCGACUGCAAGACGUGGAUCGAGGCCAUCCGCGAGGCGAGUUUCAACAAACUGCUGCUGCAGAAGGAAGAACUUGAACAGAAACAUCUUCAUCUGCUGCAAAUCGUCGAGAGCGAGAAGACGGCCAAAUGGCAGUACACACAGCAGUGCGAGGAGCUGGCCUCCGAGAUCAAGAAGCUGCGCGCAGAGCUGUGCGCUCUGAAAAAGGAGUGGCGGCCGCUUCCGGCGACGUACGGCGGCUCGUCUCUGAGUGGGGGCGGCGCGGGAGGCGGCCUGGCGGCGGGUCUGCUGGGGGCGGCCGGGGGCGGCGCGUGCCUGGGCGGCGCGCUGGGCGCGGGCGCGGGCCCCCACUCCGAGCAGGAGACGCUGGAGCUGCGCAAGAUCAAGAAGGUGCAGAGCUUCUUCCGCGGCUGGCUCUGCCGCCGCCGCUGGAAGCAGAUCGUCGAGCAGUACAUCAAGUCGCCGCACGCAGAGAGCAUGCGCAAGCGCAACAGGAUACCACUGGCCAAUACUGUGGACUUGUAUCCGAGAUUAUGCCAGGUUCCCGGCAGGAAGUAUUAA